GUGUAUGAUGCGAAUGAAAACCGGAAGCUCCUUCAAGUCUUCGCAGCGGCACGACUAGUGUGUCGAGUACAACUUUGCCAAAAUGAUCAGUAAAAUAAUUGGUCCGAAGUACGCGGCUAUCGCUAAAUCAUGGAUCCCAACUCUGGCUGUAUGGGGCACAGCUGGAGGUGUAGCACUAGUCCACUUCACAGACUGGAGAUUAUUUUUGGACUAUGUUCCCUACAUCAGUGGCAAAUUUAAGAAGGAUGAGUAGUGGCAUUCAGGUGUUUCUGCACAAUGACUAAAAUAAAGAGCAACAUCUGCAGCAGCUGGUGUUGUACAUUGUGGUCCAAAAGCAUGACCGGCCAGUGGAUCCCAUCAUCACCUUAACAUCGACACUUCCACCAUACCAUCCUCUGAAAUGCAUUGGGGUUCAGCAUUUCAGUCUGUCUCCCUCAGCCGGUGACGAUGUCAAGAAACAAGAAACAUGAAAACAAAUGAAACAUGGACUUUUUGCUUUUCGUCUUAGGUUGGGGUCAGGUAUUUAUUUUAAUCUCCAAUUUCCUGUGUGCGUUCUGAUUCACAGAUGAACUCAGUGUCUUUCAUGUUACACUGUAUUGUUCUGAAGUAAAGUAUGUGAGAUUAUAUCCUA